CCUUGUUAAUCAUGGCAGUUUUUCUGCUAGCUCUCAUUUUUCUAUUUGAGUCGGUAAGAUCACUCGAAGUAUUCGGCUCUUCGGGAGAUCUACAGAUUGUCAACAAAGAACUCGCUCCAGAUGGUGUUCCUCGUUCGACGGUCUUGGCUGGCGGAACAUUGCCAGGACCUGUGAUAAGUGGUAUCAAGGGCGACCGCUUUCAGAUCAAUGUCAUCGAUGGAUUAAUGGACCACACCAUGGCCCUCGAUACGAGCAUUCACUGGCACGGUAUCCACCAACAUGGAACCAACUUCGAAGAUGGUUCCACUUCUGUUACACAGUGUCCAAUAGCGCAAAACAACUCGUUCAUGUAUGAUUUCGAUGUUCCGGACCAGGCCGGAACAUUUUGGUACCAUUCGCACCUCGCGGUCCAAUACUGCGAUGGGCUGGCGGGGCCUUUCAUCGUAUAUGAUGGAGUGGACGGACAGAAUGACCCUCACCGGGCGUUGUAUGAUGUAGAUGACGAAACUACUAUUAUUGUACUCUCGGAUUGGUACCAUGAUCCAACGCCAGCGCUAGUGGCACUGACGCCGACACCCAAUUCCACCUUGAUCAAUGGGAUGGGUAGAUUCUUUGAAGAUCCUACAGCACCUCUCUCCAUUAUUAUCGUCGCUCCAAACAAGCGUUACCGGCUGCGAGUAAUUGCUAUAUCGUGCAACGCCGCCUUUAAAUUCUCCAUUGACAACCACAACUUCACUAUCAUCGAAACAGACGGCGUCAACAUUCAACCAAUCACAGCCAACUCUUUAUCUAUACUCGCUGCUCAGAGAUUCUCACUCAUUCUUGAGGCCAAUCAACCAGUCGGUAACUACUGGAUUCGGUCUGAACCCAACGUCGGCAACCUCGGAUUCGAAAACGGGAUUAACUCUGCAGUACUGAGAUACGAAGGUGCCGACGAUUCCGAACCGAGGACUUCGAUGCAAACGGACAUUAUUUCUCCACGCGAAGUAGAUUUACAUCCACUGGAAUCUCCUGGAGCCCCCGGAGAGCCGGUUCCUGGGGGAGCAGAUCUCGUCCUCAAUAUCACUCUUGGCUUUGACGCCAAUACUAACGUCUUCCUGAUGAAUGGCGUCGAAUUCGUACCACCCACCGUUCCUGUACUACUUCAGAUCUUGAGCGGUGCUCAGCGAGCGCAAGAUUUGUUGCCUCCAGGUUCUAUAUACGGAUUACCGCUAAACAAGACUAUUGAGAUCAAUCUCUUCGGUGGACAUGCGAUAGACGGACCUCAUCCAUUCCAUCUCCAUGGUCAUAGUUUCGACGUCGUGAAGAGCGCGGACAGCGAUACUUACAACUUCAACGAUCCGGCCCGCAGAGAUACCACUGCGGUUGCCGAAAACAAUUUAACGACUAUUCGAUUCAGGACUGACAAUCCGGGACCUUGGUUCUUGCACUGUCACAUUGAAUUUCAUCUCGACGAUGGUAUGGCUGUGGUUUUUGCUGAAGCUAUUAGCGACGUGGCACAGGCGAAUCCAGGAGUUCCUUCUACAUGGUACGACCUUUGCCCAACCUAUUAUGGUCUCUCUCCAGACGUGACAAAGAACGAUACUACACAUACGGUUCCUUCGUACUGAUAUCUCUUGCUCACUGGUCUGACGGAAACUUUCUAUCAUCCAUAUAUGAACUGUAGCGAGAUGUGCCGAAUGGACAUUUAAUGCCAUGGGAUCCCAAAUGCUCCUGAAUGUUUUCAUAAAC